AUGCUUUUUGCUUCACGAAGCUUCUGUUGCCUUGGCAUUAGGACAUACCAACUACGAACAGAUUUGCUUUCCAGAUCCAUGAGACUUUCAGCCUCUGCAACAAUGGCCUUCAGACACAAAAACACAAGACGAAUUGAAGGCCUUGACAGCAAUGUGUGGGUUGAAUUUACAAAGGUGGCAGCAGAUCCCUCGAUUGUUAAUCUUGGUCAAGGCCUUCCUGAUAUAUCCCCUCCCAGCUAUGUUACAGAAGAGCUGGCAAAGGCAGCAGCAGUUGACAGACUGAACCAAUACACACGAGGCUUUGGACAUCCGUCGCUGGUGAAAGCCUUGUCUCAAGUGUACGAGAGAGUUUGUGGAAGAAAGAUUGAUCCUCUCACAGAUAUCCUGGUGACCGUGGGAGCUUAUGGAUCUCUCUUUAGUACGAUACAGGCAUUAGUUGAAGAGGGAGACGAAGUGAUAAUAAUAGAGCCGUUUUAUGACUGUUAUGAACCAAUGGUGAAGAUGGCGGGUGCAAAGCCUGUUUUUAUCCCUCUGAGAAAUAAAAAUGAUGGAAACUCUGUAUCUAGUGCUGACUGGGUCUUAGAUCCUGCUGAGCUUGCAAAUAAAUUUAAUUCCAAAACAAAAGCAAUUAUUCUGAAUACCCCGCACAACCCUAUAGGCAAGGUGUUUACCAGAGAAGAGCUUCAAGUCAUAGCUGAUCUCUGUGUUAAGCAUGAUACCCUGUGCAUCAGCGAUGAGGUGUAUGAAUGGCUGGUGUAUAAAGGAAAUAAGCACAUUAAAAUAGGUACUGAUUUUUUUGUGGCAUCUUGGAAGUGGUUGUGGAAUGAUGUCGUAAAUGUGCCUCUUGGAGAGAAUGGUUUCUGGAAGGAGCUCAAACUUCAAGCUCGACUGUUUUACAAUGUUUAG